AUGGGGUGGUGGACAUUCUUACGACAUGUGGUGGUGGACAUUCUUACGACAUGUGGUGGUGGACAUUCUUACGACAUGUGGUGGUGGACAUUCUUACGACAUGUGGUGGUGGACAUUCUUACGACAUGUGGUGGUGGACAUUCUUACGACAUGUGGUGGUGGACAUUCUUACGACAUGUGGUGGUGGACAUUCUUACGACAUGUGGUGGUGGACAUUCUUACGACAUGGGGUGGUGGACAUUCUUACGACAUGGGGUGGUGGACAUUCUUACGACAUGGGGUGGUGGACAUUCUUACGACAUGUGGUGGUGGACAUUCUUACGACAUGUGGUGGUGGACAUUCUUACGACAUGGGGUGGUGGACAUUCUUACGACAUGGGGUGGUGGACAUUCUUACGACAUGUGGUGGUGGACAUUCUUACGACAUGGGGUGGUGGACAUUCUUACGACAUGUGGUGGUGGACAUUCUUACGACAUGGGGUGGUGGACAUUCUUACGACAUGGGGUGGUGGACAUUCUUACGACAUGGGGUGGUGGACAUUCUUACGACAUGGGGUGGUGGACAUUCUUACGACAUGGGGUGGUGGACAUUCUUACACCGCCACUACACGGUGA